AUGUCGGGCCCGUCCAACAUUUCCACGGUGAACCUCGAAAACCUCCUCGCCAAGUAUCCCAAUAUCCUCAAUGAACAUGAACGCCAGCUUCCAGAGGAUAAGCGGAUGCUUUUGCUCAGAGCAAAGGUCACCAAUAUGCUCAACGAUCAGCAGAAGAAGGGACAGAAGAGGCCGCAACCGAGACCGCCGCCGCCUCCACAACAAGCACAACAACAACAGCAGCAGCAGCAACAGCAGCAACAGCAACAGCAGCAGGUCCAGCAGAUCCCGCAACCACAGCCUCCCCCCCAGUCCCAAGCAAUGCCCCUUCAAUCUCAGCCCAGUCCUCGUCCAAUGCCCCAGGGACAAAUGCCCAUGAUGAAUCCACAGGCACAGCAGCAGAUGUUCUCGCAACUGCAACAAAUGUCACCUCAGCAACAACAACAAAUGGUCGCCGCGGCCUCUCGUUUGCAAUUCAACCCAAUGCAGGCGUCUCCGCAAGCAUCCAUCCAACCCGUCCCAUUUCCCAAUGCUUCCGCCACUGCAGGAAUGAAGAAGCUCAUCGACAACUUUCCAAAGCUAGCAGAAUACAAGAAUCAGGGCAAGCUCGCGCCGGAGCACGAAAACUUGUUUGAUGCACUCAUGGCAACAGAGAUGGGGCAACAACAGAUGAGCAGAUAUCAAGCUCAACAAGCUGCAAACCUCGUCCAGCGCAACUUGCAAAAUCCCGUUGGCCAGCAAUACCUCCAGUACCAAGCUCGUCCUAACUACCCCAAUCUCACUCCUCAGCAAAUCCAACAAAUCCAAUUGCAGCGUCAGAUCUCUCAAGCUCAAAUGGCUCAGGCUCAGGUCCAAGCCCAAGUUCAAGGACAAAUGCAGGCACAGGCUCAAGCUCAGGCUCAAGCCCAAGCCCAGGCCCAAGCUCAAGCUCAAGCUCCCGCAGUUCCUAAUCCUAACCACGUUGCGGCACUCGCUCGCGCGCAGGCCCAAGCUCAAGGCCAACUCCAGGCUCAGAUGCAACUGAACGAGGUGCCCAUCGCACCCUCUCCGCGUCCUCCACCCAACAUCCCCGUGGAAAAGCUUCAGCAGCUCAAAGCGACACUCAGCAAGCUUCAAGGGAUGACCGAGCAGCAGCGUGAAGCUGCGUUCCAACAACGUCCGCAAGAGCGUCAAUUGUGGCUGUCCGCCCUCAAUCAAGCACCCCGACCGGCUUUCCCCAUUCCCAAUAAUAUUCCCCAGAAUCUUCACAUCCCACCUGGCAAGCAGCGCAAUGCAGCGGCAUCUCCAGUAUCCCCGGCCGCCCCGGCUAAUCCUACUCCCCCUCCCCAGAUCCAAGCUCAGGCUCAGGCAAUACAGAAUAUGAUCCGUCAGGGUAUCCCUGUCAAUGCGAAUCAAGCAGCCGCGCUUGCUGCACCGGGCUCGGACGUCCGUCCCCACAUGCUUCUCCAACAGAUGAAGGCGCAGGCGACCGAUGACGCCCGGAUGCGCCAAAUGAACGACGCAAUUGCUCAACAACUCGAUCGAACCAAUUCUCUGCUCAACAAGGUCACCUGGAAGCCCUCGUCUGAAUACGAUGCCUCACUCCGUGAAAAGCUAUCCGAACUACAGCGUGCGCUCAAAGCACCCCGAUCGACCCUGUCCAUAGCACCAGUGCUAUCUGGCGUGCUCGUUGAACGCAUGCCUGAGGCUCUCACGGCCAUGGCGGAGGAGGUCGACGUGGACGAAGAGGACGAGGGGACCAAAGAGGCGGGCCUCCCUGGACAGAAGAAGAGGAAAAUCUCAGAGCUAGCCGCGAGUGUCGAUCGGGGUCUAGAGAUCGAUCGAGAGGUGGAGAAUUUCCUCCUCACGCUCGCUGACGAACAUAUCGAGCUGGUGGCUAAUCUUAGCUGCGCUCUCGCCAAGCAUCGCAAGUCUGACACAGUGGAUCGCAAGGAUAUACAGCUAGCCUAUGAAAUGACCGGAGGACGUAUUGUCCCUGGAUUCUCAUCCGACCUCAUCCGCGCAGAUCAAGCGAGGUCCACCAAGCGACAAUCAGGUGCAGUAUCGGCCGGUCGGGCCCACAAGCUUAAGGCUGUGGAGGCGGCGAGAUUGGCGUAUCGCAAGCGUAAUGAACUUGGAGAGCCAAGCGAGCGUGUCGAGGCAGAGUUGGUGGCCUAG